GAAAAGGCCUGUUACAGUUCAGAAAUUUUAGAUUCGUGCUUGCUUUUGUUCAUAGCGCUAGGGCUUAAGCCAGACGGCUGUUGAUUUAUUUGCACCUAAUCCAAAACUUCAUUGAUUCAUCGCUCAAACUCUGCCUGAAUAGGGGGCGUGCACACAGCGCACGCACACAGCGCGCCCCCUGCGCCCUGCGCGCCCAGUAGCUCUAGGCGUUAUUAUUAAAAGCAUAUAGCAAAGAUGAGCUCACUAGAGGAGCUGCUGUCUCAAGUGAACUCGGGUGCUGUGAACGUAAACAAGUCGGAUGCCACCAAGCGGCAGCAGCGCAAGCCCAAGGCGCAGUCAGACUUGCAAAAGAAACUUCGCGGGCAAGCCGGCGUCGUCAAUAAUGCUGCUGGCGCGGCCGCAAAGCCCACGGCAGCGGAGAGACGAAGUGCUGCAGCAGCUAGCACCCGGGCAACACCACCGCCCCAGCCCGGCGGUGGUGGCAGUGUUGGCGGUGCUGGCGGCAGCGGCACGCCCGGCCCCAGUGUCGGCGCCACCGCUCCGGGCCCAGGGCUGGGUCCAUCUGUCGGAGGCACGCUGCCGCCCGCCGCUCCCGCGGUGCCGCCGCCGCUGGCCGCGGACGCGCCUGUGCCUAUGCGUCUGAAGCGCGUGCUGGACCUGCUGCGGAGCAACCGCGACACGUUCACGUUCGCGGACCUCAAGGCAAAGCUGAACAUGGACCUCAGCCAGGACACGGAGCUCCUAGAGCACCUGCAAUCUCACACGCAGGUCACGUACGACGGUGUUGACCGCACGCUGCGUUACCGGCCCAAGGUGCAGGGCAUCAGCAACUCCACUGACCUGCUGAACUACCUGCGGCGACACACCACCGUGGAGGGCGCCAGCGCGGCGGUGCCCAUGACGGGCGUGCGGCUGGGCGACAUCGCGGACGCGUACCUCAACAUCGCGGACGACAUCAAGCGCCUGCAGGCUGAGGGCUCAAUCUGCGUGCUGGGCCACACAAGCGCCGGCUCGGAGACACUGUUUGCGGUGCAGAGCAUGGGCAUGGCGCCGGCCAGUGAGGCGGUGUUCGAGCUGUUCCACAACACGCGGCUGCCGGUGGACAUGAUCGACAUGCAGUGGCGCUGCAAGGACCUGGGGCUGAAGUCAGCGCUGGCGUCACGGCCGGCGCGCAUCAAGGACGACAGCAAGGACAAGAAAAAGAAGCGCAAGCGCACGGAGCGGCGCUUCAAUGUGGAGAAGGCCACCAACGCGCACAUGCGGGAAUUGUUCGAGGGCGCGCAGCCCACGAACAUCGACUCCAAGUGAUGGUGGCCGGCCUGUUCAGUGGUGGUGCAGAUGGUAGAGGUGGUAUUGGUGGGGUUGGUCACUGUGAUGAGAGGCCGCAGUCCGAGAGUUCGCGUGUGUGCAGGACCUAUGAAAGAGACGCAUGCACAUUCGGAGUGCAGGCACACGGCAGGCGUGGAGCGAGAAGAUUGUGGCAAGGGGUUUGGCCAGGAUCGCGCUUUGUAGGAUGUGCUGCACGUGCAAACGAAGUUCAGGUUUGCAUAGCCCAAGCUGACUUCUGUCUUCUGGUCGCCGUCGUGGUACCAGCACCUUGAAGGGCACGGUUCCACGGGCUGCACGGCACGGCAGAGCGUGCACCUUCCCUGCGCAGUUACGUGAAUCGAUUUCGAUGACAUAAGUACAAUCGCUAGCGGAUGCGGACAUGGGAACCACGCCCCGGGCGUUGUGAUGGCUGGGCGUGGCCGGGGCAUCGGCACAAGACAGGGGCAGCGGGCGCCAGUCCCAUCUUCACAUGCGCCGUUCUCCUCUGGCAUCGGCACAACGGUGCCUAGCAUACCAACCUGACUUGUACAUAUUAUUUACGCCCA